AUGACCCCCCCGGGGGGGCCGCCGCUCUGGGGCGCUCCGGCCGCCCUCCUCCUCCUCAUCAUCCUGCUGCUGCUUCUGCCGCUGCGGGCGGGGGCUCCGCCGCCGCCCCCCGACGACCCCACGACGGAUCCGCGUGGGGACCCGGAGGGCUCCGCGGCUCUUUCCUUCCUGCGGACGGGCGACGCGCGGCGUUUGGCCCUCACCAACUGCAGCCGCAGCGCCGCGCUGAGACCCCCGGGGCCCGACCCCCCCCCGGAGCUGCGAGCCGCCCUGCGGGCCGCCCCCGAAGCUCUGACCCAAGCGGCCAAUUUCCUCAACAUGCUGCUGCAGGGCAACGACCUCCGCGAGGCCAGCGUGGCCGAGGACGUGGAAUGGUACCAGGCGUUGACGCGCAGCCUGGCGGGGGGGCACCCGUGGGCGCGCCGCUCCUUGCUGGCCCUGGACGCCCACCCGGCUGCCCCUUCCCCCCGUCUGGUGCUGCAAGCCACGGCCGUCGACGGAGAGAUCCACCUUCGGGACGUGUCCGCACCGGGGAACCGCAGCUCGGACGGCGAAUGGGUGGCGGAGCUGCGGGAACGGCGCGGUCCUCCGCUCCGCAAACGGGUGCUGAGCAACGACCUGCGCUCCAUGGAAACCCCCAAGUGGCGGCGGGGCGAUGGAUACGUGGCGGGGCCGGGCCACGUGCGGUGGUCGCAGCCGUUCCUCGAGUGCAGAGAUGGGAAAUUCGUCCCCGUUUGGGCCGUCGCUCUGUCUGCCGCCUUCUAUGGGCUGAAGCCCGACCUCAGCCCCGAGUUCAAGGGCGCCGUGCGGGUGGACAUCGAGCUGCGGGAUGUGGGCAUCGAUCAGUGCGACAGCGGGACGGGGUGGUUCGCGGGCACGCACCGCUGUGACCUCAACAGCACCCAGUGCGUCCCGCAGCAGAACCGCGGCUUCGUGUUGGGGCAGUACGCGUGUCGCUGCAAGCCGGGCUUUUACGGGCUCAGCGCCGGGACAGGGCGCACGAGGCGAUGCUUUGGGACACCAAAUCCCCCCGUUCCAUCCGCAGUGCCGCCUGAGGAUGCCGCUCGCUUGGCGUGCCGCCGGUGCCGGGAGGGCUGUGCGAGCUGCCGGGACGAUGCGCCCUGCGAGGUGCAGGAGGAUCGCGCGUUGCGUGCGGCCGUGCUGUGCUGCCAGGCGUGCUGCAUGCUGGCCGUGUUCCUCUGCAUGCUGCUCGCUUAUCACUGCCGGAGAAGCAAGAGGAUCCGGGCGUCGGGCGUUGUGCUCCUGGAGACGAUCCUCUUCGGGUCGCUGCUGCUCUACUUCCCUGUCUUCAUCCUCUACUUCAAGCCCAGCACCUUCCGCUGCAUCGCUCUGCGCUGGGUGCGCGUGCUGGGCUUCGCCAUCGUGUACGGCACCAUCACCCUAAAGCUGUACAGGGUGCUGAGGGCGUUCCUGGCCCGUGCAGCACAGCGUGUGUCCUACACGGCCAGCGGGCGCGUGUUGCGGGCUCUGGGAUUGCUGCUGCUACCCCCGCUGUGGUUCCUGGCAGCGUGGACCGUGGCAGCGUUGGAGAACAUCGGCCGGAACGUCCCGCUGGUGGUCCGUGCACAGACUGCCCGAGGGCUGCACUUCUCCGUCUGCAGCCACGACCGCUGGGACUACAUGAUGGUGGUCGCCGAGCUGCUCCUCCUGCUGUGGGGCAGCGCGCUGUGCUGGGCUGCACGUGCGGUGCCUUCCGCCUUCCACGAGCCGCGCUAUAUGGGCAUUGCGCUGCACAAUGAGCUGCUCCUCUCGGUCGCUUUCCACGCGGUCAGGUAUGGUGCGGGAUGCCCACGUGGAUGCAAAGCAUUGCUCUGCACCGUGGGUGCCCCCACGGUGCCUCCUUCCCCCCCCUCCAGGUUCGUUGCUGUACCAUCACUACAUCCCGACUGGAUGCUGCUGCUCUGCUUUGCCCACACCCACGGCACUGUCACUGUCACCCUGGGGCUGCUCUUUGUCCCAAAGUUCCUGCACGCCGGAUCGCCGCUGCGGGAGGAGAUCGCGGCGGAGGUGUACGAGGAUGAGGUGGACGCGCGGCGCUCCGGGAUGAGCAGCAGCAUCGCGUCCGCAUGGAGCGAGCGUAGCUUCGACCCCGAUGACAUCCGGGAGGAGCUGAAGCAGCUGUACGCGCAGCUGGAGAUGCUGCGGACGAGGCGGAUGGCGGCCCGCAACCCGCACCUCCCCGCGCCGCCCCCAGCGCGCAGCUCCGGCAGCCGCCGCUCUUCGUCCAAACGGCCGCACGACGGAACCGGCGGGGGGGGCCGGGAGGGGGGCGGCCAGCUCCGAUCCCGCAACUCCGAGCAUCCCGCACAGGACGCGGCGGCGGGGGGAUGCACGGAGCCGUCCGACAGCGAAUCUUUGUGUGCUGCUCCGCUGCUGCCCAGGUCGGCCAGCGCCCAGCAGCUCGGGGGACACGGGCAGCCCGCCCGGCUCCGCGCGGUGCUUCUGCAGAAGUCGCUGAGCGCCGGUGCGGGUGCGGUCACCCCGUCCUGGGGACCCCCCGAGCAGGGAGGGGUGUCCCGCAGCACCGCCGCAACCCCGGCCGCUGCCACCCCCCCCGCCCCGCUGCCUGACGGGGGUCCCCCCCGCGAUGCGUCCCCCCCGCCUGACAGCAAGGGGACGAAACGCGUCACUUACGCGCCCGUCAAAAGCGUCAGCGCGGACGGCCCCCAUCCCGUGGGGCGGGUGCGUGUGGUGGUAAAAAGGACCCCCCCGCCCCCCCCCGUGCGCUACCAGAGCCUCCCGCACCGCCACGGGGACAACGCGGAGCCUCCAGGGCCGCCCGCGGGAUCGGCAGCGGAACGCGCGUCCCCCCCGUCGGGUUUGCGCUCCGCUCCCCCCACCCCCGCCGAGGUCUGUCCGUGGGAGCUGCUCCAGGAGGAGAUGCUGAGGCAGAAACAGAACGGCGGCGAACCUCCGACCUCCGACCCCCCCGGGGACACGGCGGGGACCCCCCCGAGCCUCAAGCCGCCCCCACAAAAGGCUUUCAGGAGUUUGGGAUUCGCCAUCAGAGCCAUCAAUCGUUCCAGAGUGAAACGCAGCCUGAAAGGGAGCAGAGAGGGCAGCGCUCGGAAACGGGGAUGUGAGCGGGAGGGGGGCGGCGGAGGGGGGCAGCCCGCCCUGGUAGGGACCCCCCCAACCCCCCCGGCAUGGAGCAGCCCAGAUCCCAACCUGCGGGAUGGGGAUGCGGACCCCUCUCAGUGCAUCACCACCAGCUCUGCAUCCGAGACCCCAGUGAUGGGGGGCAGCGAGGGGACAGCAGAGGGACAGAGGGAUGGUGCUGCUGGGGGGGGCACGGGUGCUGGCGAGGGCCCGAUGUCACCCUCGGUGGCCAUGCAGCCCGAUGGCACUGACUCCCUGUGUGUAGCACAGGGUGCAAGGGGCACGGGGCCGAGGGCUGAGGUCUGUCCCUGGGAAGCACUGAGUGCCCCUGUGGGGUCUGUGUCCCAGCAGGAGGGAACUGGGGGGGUCCCAUCGGUGGGAGGCAGCCCCAUGAAGGUGCUGGGGAAGGGUGGCAGCCAGCCUGCUGCUUGUGGGGGGGGGGUUGAGGGGCUGCCCACCAGGAGCAGGAGUGCAGAGUGGGGUCGGAUGGGGGCUGGGGGUCAAAGGGAGAUCUGCCCCUGGGAGGGCAGCGGGGGUGAGGAUGAGGAUGGUCCACGCCGUGCAGCUCCAGGGGUGGGGGGCAGCGGGGCAGGGGUCUGCCCAUGGGACACAGAGAGGGGGGCUGGGGGGGAGGGAGGAGUGCAGCUGGAUGCGUGCGGGGUUCCCAAAGGGGAUGGCAAACCUGGGUGGAGGGGGACUGAGGAGCACAGAGCACAGCAGACUGACAGGGGUGGGGGUCCGGGGGGGAGCGGGGAGACCUGGAUCUCUGCAGGGAGCACUGAGAGGGGGAAUGCUGAGCCAAGGAAAUCCCAGAGUGCAGAGAUCUGCCCCCGGGAGGGACAGGGGGGGGCAGGGGUCAGCAAAGCAGAAAUCUGCCCUUGGGAGGAACAGGGCGGGUCAGGGAGGAGCAAAGAGGAGAUCUGUCCUUGGGAAAGUCAGGGGGGGUUAGGGGGGAACAAAGCAGAGAUCUGCCCUUGGGAGGAACAGGAGGGGCCAGGGGUCAGCAAAGCAGAAAUUUGUCCUUGGGAGAAACAGGGGGGAUCAGGUGGGAGCAAAGCAGAGAUCUGCCCUUGGGAGGAACAGGAGGAGCCAGGGGUCAGCAAAGCAGAAAUCUGCCCCUGGGAGAGUCAAGGUGGGUCAGGGGGGAGCAAAGCAGAGAUCUGCCCUCAGGAAGGACAGAGGGGGCCAGGGAGCAGCAAAGCAGAGAUUUGCCCUUGGGAANNCCGAUCUUGGGAAGGACAGGGGGGGUCAGGGUUGUUUGCACUUCUCUCUGUGUACAGGCUCUGA